AUAAAUUCAUCAAAAGAGAGAGAAGUGCAUAAUAUUUUUAGAUGUAGAAAUCAAAGGUGUCAUCUGAAUAAUUAUUAAAAUAUUAUCGAUCGUGAACAUAAAAGGUUAGAGUAGUGCGAUCUAAUAUGCAGAACAACCCCCAGGAGCUUUCAUGGCAGGCGAUUCAGGCUAUCGUCGGGGUUAAACUUCCACCAAAUGUACUACGCUUUGAUGAUAUCGGAUUCCACUUAGUCAACAAUACUGUUUCAAGCGCUGAAGAUUCUGAUUCGGAUGUAGAAAUAGUCGAAAAUGAUUGGGAGUCUGAUAAUAAUGUGUCCUCCAGACCCGAUCAUUCCGACAAUGAAAAAACUACGUCCCCCGAUAGGGAACAAAGUGAAUCACCCGUUUUACGACUCAUAGAGCCCGACAAUAACAAUACAGGCAAAGAGUCUUUAGAUUACAGAGAAUAUGUCGAAAAGAUUGAUACUAAAGAUAUUUCUUCAAGGGAGCAUAUGACACAAAUCCAAAUCGAUGACGCUGAUAGUUCAAAUGGUAAUGUUAUGUCUAUUGAAAACUAUUUGGAGGUCACUUUAUCUACUGACUCUGAGGCUAGUCAUACUUGCAACCAAUGUAACCAAAUGUUUUCUAACGAAAAUUCUCUGGCCUCACACAAAUGUAGUGCUAAACCCACCGAAGAAAAAAAGUACCCUUGUCAUGUGUGCUCAGAAAAGUUUCCAAGCUCCUGGGACCUCAGGAAACACCUAAGCAGCCACUUUCCUGGAAUGUUGGAAUCCAAGUCAAGCUUUUGUCACCUUUGUCAAAAAGACUACACAAAAACAGGAUUUAUGAAUCAUUUACGUAAACAUACGGGUGAGCGUCCAUUUGUUUGUGAACUUUGCCAUAAGGCAUUCUCUCAGUCGAGUUCACUUUCCAUACAUAUGAAAUUCCAUCUCAAUGUAAGAAAGCAUGCAUGUACUGUAUGUGAAAAGAAAUUUGUAACCAAAAGUGAACUAUCCCGGCACAUGACAGUGCACACAAAACAAAAGUCCUAUUACUGUGGAGUUUGUGACAAAGCCUUCACUCGCUCAGAUAAUAUGAAGAAACAUGAGAAAACUCAUGGAUAAAAUGUUUUCGACAAAAUUAAAUGAGAAUAUAGAACUGUGAACAAUGUCAUAAUAUAACAUGCAAUUCAAUUGCAUUCUGAAAUCAAAAUUGUCAAUAAUGUCUGGUCAAUUCUGUUGCCAAAAACAUUGUAGUUAUUACUUUUCAACAAGCUAUAAUUUCUGAUUCUCUUAUUGCCAAAAAAUUAGUUAUAAUAUUAUGUUUGUUAAGAAUAGAACUUUUACAUUGUUUAUACUAAAUUUAAACCUAUCAUGAUCUAGUUCAUAUUUUAGUCAUUAUGGUGUGUUUCUGUGUUUAUGUGAGUGUUUUAACACACUCAAUGUGUGCUGCUGUAAUUGCUUGCAAUUUUUUUAUUUAUAUUAUUUUCAACUGUAUGUUUGGGUUAAUACUAGUGAAUUAGUAAAAUGUAUUUGCAGGUGCUCUACAAUAAGGUCACACAUAUCUCAAUCCAAUGUUGCCUUUUAGAUAUGAUAAAGUGAUAUUUUAAUAUAUGGAUAUUUAUGUAGGUGGAAUGUCCAAAGGUCCGAUAGCCUUAUUGUACUGUUUACAUUAGAUAAAGGCAAACAUGUUGUUUAUUCAAUUAUGAGGCCUUUGAAAAGAUAUCACCAAUUAUUUUUGUAAGCUUAUUGGUAGGGAUGACCAUUAUGGGAUUUUGGUGUUUACUCAAACAGGACAGAUGGACAUAGGAGGAUUAUCUAUUAAACCAUUAACUCUUAGCCAGUUUAUAUUUUAAGAACUUUAAGCUUCAUAUUAUUUAUGUACGGUUGGGUAUUUACCCUACCACUCGAUCACAUCUUUAGCUCUUUGUAUUUAACCAAUGCCAGAUGUACUAGCAUGGCGCCACACCUAUAUACAGUAUCUAUACCUGACACUCGCGAAUGUUACAAUGAAAAAUCGAUAAAUAAACAACUAUUAGGUUUCUUUUUAUACCUAACUUGAAUUUAAGGGGAAUAUUAUCAUGUCUUCAAAAUCCCUGUGGCCAACAUGUCCUUACUAAGAUCAAGUAAAUACCAAUUUAACAUUAUGGGCUCCCUUACUACAUAAUUAUACAUAUUAUACAUGAGGUAUGGUACUAAACCACCAGUUGAUGAAAACUUUGCCAAAUUUUUAGAUAAGUAUUUCAAGUGAUUUUAAUUACUGUACUGUGUUGUAACCAAAGCAAUAACAUUUUUAAUGUGCCUAUUCUUUAUAAUAAUUAUUAUAAAUACAAGUAUACCAAAUAAUUUAAUUAUUUAGAAUUAAUAGAUUUAAUAUUUGAAAAUCUGUAGGUAACUAUUAAGUUACUAUUUUCCAACUUUGAAUGAAGUUUAAGGAAUUUACUCUGUAUUUCCUUAUUGGUCUCCUAAUAUAUUAGAUAAGAUAAUGAACAACUUUAAUGAUACAUAAGUUAAGGUUUAUGAAAUGAGACCUUCAAUAAACAUCACAAAUGUUUAACAGUGCACAUAUUUAUUUGUAACUGUUUAGGAACAUUAGUUAAUUAGUUUGCUAUUUGAUAGACAAGGUCCUUUGCUAUAAGACUUUUAGACCAAAAUAAGUAACAAAAAUCCCAAAGAAUAAUGUACUGUCAUAUUUUAUAAUUGGCUAUAAAACCAAAGGCUAUUAACUUAUUUUGUGCCACUUGGAUUUCAUAUACUGGUUGUAAUAUAAUGCCUUACUAUAUUGUCUAGGUUAAUUUUAACUAAAAUAGACAAUAAACAUAUAUAUAUUUAUUAUAUAUUAUAUUUAAUGUUUUAAGUAUUUAAAUUUGCAUGACUUGUUUGUAGUUUAAGAAAUCGAUAUUGAGCCAAAUGAAAUAAAAACGCAAAAUCUACAAGACUGACGAUAAUAUUCAGAGUAGGUAUAAACUUGUGCACAAAAUCAAUUAUUUAUUCAUACUGUUUAUAAUUACAAUUUACAAUGUUCUAUUUAUCAAAAAUGCACCUUGUUAAAAACUCAUCAUGACAAUUAGAUUAAGUUCCGUUUGAUAUAUAAAUUAAAAAUAUUUUAUGAAAAUGUGUAAUAAUAAUUGCGAUUUUAUUAAAGAGUUGUUUGUUGCAA